GUUCCCCAACCUCUAAUUCUUCCCUUCUCAUGGGUCCAUCCCCACCCUUCCCCUAUGGCUGCCUUCUCGUCUCCUCUCCUCCUCCUCCUCCUCCUCCUCCUCCUCCGGCGCUUGGUCUCCUCCGGCGCUGCUACCGUCUCCACCGAAUUCCUCUACCCCAACUUCACCGCCUCCACUCUCCAUCUAAUCAGCACCGCCGGCGUCUUCCUCGCCGCCCCCGGUGCCGCCUUCUCCGCCACCUUUCUUAACCCCGGCGGGCAGCAGCAGACCCGCUACUACCUCGCCGUCCUCCACUCUCCCUCCGACACCAUCGUCUGGUCCGCCAACCCUAGCGCCCCCGUCCCCUCCUCCUCCGUCCUCUCCUUCUCCCCCGCCGGACUCUCCCUCUCGUUCCCCAACUCCUCCCUCGCCUGGUCCACUCCGCCCCUCCCCCGCCCCGCCGCAGCCCUCCGCCUCCUCGAUUCGGGAGAGCUCCUCCUCCUCGACGCCUCCAACGCCUCCCUCUGGUCCUCCUUCAACCACCCCACCGAUUCCCUCCUCCCCGGCCAGCCCCUCCCCGCCGGCGCCGCCCUCUCUUCCUCCACCUCCAACUCCGACCUCUCUCCCGGCGACUAUCGCCUCCUCGUCACUCCCUCCGACGCCUUCCUCCAGUGGACCAAAAGCUCCCAGUUCUACUGGAGCUUUUCGACCGACAGCCGUUCCGUCAAGGACUCCAACGCCGAGGUCGCCUACGUGGCCAUCAACGCCACCGGGCUUGACCUCUUCGCCAACGGCAGCGGCGGCCCAAGGACCGUCUUCGAGGUGACCUUCCCCCCGCCAUCCUUCGCCGACGAGCUCCGCUUCGCCAAAUUGGACUCCUCCGGGCGGCUUCGGGUACUCAGUUAUGCGCCCAACAGAUCUUCGUCGAUGUUGGCGACCGAUUUCGUGGCUCCGACAAGCAGCUGCGAGCUCCCCUUCACCUGCAAGGUCCUCGGCCUCUGCAUCACCAACUCCAACUACUCCACCUGCACCUGCCCGUCCUCCUUCGUUUCAUCCCCGGGCGGCGGGUGCUCGCCGGCCGACGGUUCUGUUCUAUCCUCCUGCAGCAGCAGCAGCAGUGGCAGCGGCCUGCCACCUGGCUCCUACUUGAGCCUCGGAACUAAAAUCGGCUACCUUGCGACCAAAUUUGCUACGCCGGUAUCCUCCGGCAAGGAGAUCUCGGCGUGUCAAGACCUCUGCUCGGGAAACUGCUCCUGUCUCGGCUUCUUCUAUAAGAAUUCGUCCAAAUCCUGCUACCUCCUGAAGGACCAAUUGGGCUCCCUCGUCCGCACCACAGGGGAUUCCACGGACACCUCGGUCGCCGUAGGCUAUAUCAAAACACUCAAGUCCUCUCCCUCAACCCGAACAGAUCCCAAAUCAUCCACCCACUUCCUUCCCAUCUUACUCCCCUCCCUGGCCAUCGCUCUGCUCCUAGUCCUUCUCUUCUUCAUUGGCUUCCGACGGUGGAAGAGGAAAACAAACAGAACUGUGGAAAGAACCAGACGGGGCACCCGGAGAGGGAUGAAGCUCAACUUAGGGGCGGCGACGACGCCCUCCGACGAAGAGGAACGACCGGACAAAGACGACGAUGACGACAUCUGGAUCCCCGGUCUGCCGACGAGAUUCACGUACGCCGACCUCGAAGCGGCCACCGACGGAUUCCGCACCCGGAUCGGCUCCGGCGGCUUCGGCGCCGUCUACAAAGGCCAGCUCCCCGACAAGACCCUCGUCGCCGUCAAGAAAAUCAACAACAUCGGCGUCCAGGGCAAGCGCGAGUUCUGCACGGAGAUCGCCGUCAUCGGCAACAUCCACCACGUCAACCUCGUCCGGCUCCGGGGCUUCUGCGCCCAGGGAUCGAGAAGGCUCCUCGUCUACGAGUACAUGAACCGGAGCUCGCUGGACCGGUCUCUGUUCGGGCCCGGUCCGGUGCUGGAGUGGCAGGAACGGCUCGACAUCGCCAUCGGCGCGGCGAGAGGCCUCGCCUACCUCCAUUCCGGAUGCGAGCGCAGGAUAGUCCACUGCGACGUGAAGCCGGAGAACAUCCUCCUCCAUGACCGCAACCAGGUCAAGAUUUCGGACUUCGGCCUCGCCAAGUUGAUGAGUCCGGAGCAAUCCGGGCUCUUCACCACGAUGAGGGGGACGAGAGGGUACUUGGCUCCGGAGUGGCUGACCAACUCGGCGAUCUCGGACAGGACGGACGUCUACAGCUUCGGGAUGGUGUUGCUGGAGAUAAUAAGGGGGAGGAAGAACCGGUCGGAGGAGAGCUGGCCGGGGUCGAGCGGGUCGAGCGGGUCGAGUGGCGUGGCGGCCGGGAGGUGCGAUUAUUUUCCGAUGGUGGCGUUGGAGAGGCACGAGAGGGGGAGGUACGAGGAGCUGGCGGACCCGAGGCUUGACGGGAGGGUGAGCGGACCGGAGAUCGCGAGGAUGGUGAAGGUGGCGCUGUGCUGCCUCCACGAGGAGCCCGGGCUGAGGCCGAGCAUGUCGGCGGUGGUGGGGAUGCUCGAGGGAGUCGUCCCGCUGUGGGAGCCGCGGGUGGAGUUGCUGCGGUUCCUGAGGGUGUACGGACGGGGGUUCCUGAAGGAGGGGAGCAUGGGGAGUGGGGGUAACCAUACCGGCUCGGUGGCCAGUGGCGCCACCACCACCAGCGGCUCGUCGCCGCCGCCGGCAUCGUACUAUAUGUCGUCGCAGCAGCUGUCAGGUCCGAGAUAGCGGCGGGGAGAUUCGAUUCGGCGGAAGUACGAUCCGUGCAGGGAGCGGUACAACGCUCCCCUGUAUAAAUUUCCGAGCGGGAGUUGGUGUAGAAUUCAAUAAUUAAGUUUUGUUAAUAAGGAUAUGAGUAUGUAAUUUUUGAGAAAUUAUAUUUACAUAACUUUGCAUUCCAAAAUUAUACGCUUUUUUUUUAUAUAUAUAAGUAAGAUAUUUUAGUGAAUUGUAAUUUAUCGGAGAAAGAAAACAAACUGCCUGUAUCUUUGUAGAUGAUGCAACAAAAAUAUUACACCAAUGGAGAGUAUUGUAUGUUUUUCCUUGA